UCUCUCUCUCUCUCUCUCUCUCUCUCUCUCUCUCUCUCCUGCCCCUUAUUCCGGUCUGUUUCCUUGGCUUUGCGGAGAGGAAGGACACUGCCGCUCCCGAAUGAUUCAGCCCCUUCCCAUCGGCCGCGUGCGUACUACAGACCAAACACAGUAUGUCUCUGCCUCUGCUGCAGUGUCUGGAUAUUCUCGCCGCUUUGCUCUCCUCUUUGCGGUACCCAUGCUGCGCCCUCUCUCUAUGAAGUGUGCAUAGCAGCUGCCUCUGUUCCCCCAAGUGUUGAGGUGAGUCAGCUGCCGCUAUCCCUUGUUUGAUGCUGGACAAUACCGACCACAAAAGAAAAGGAGUGAAUGUUUAAAUUCCUCCCGCAACUUGGUUUUGUAUAUCCGGGACCGUCGUUUUGUGGAUCUAAUUCCCGGGGAUAGGGACUGCUAAUAUGAGUGCUGUAUGGAUACAUCUCAAUGACAAACUUUCUAUAUUGCACCGAGAGUUGCCUUAAUACGUUCUAGUCUGCUAACAAGGUCAGUGUUUCGGGGGGGGGGUUGAAGAGCUUUUUUUUUUUUUUUCUGUAAUCCCAGCACCCUCCCAUUGACAAUGGGAUACAUUACGGGAAGGAUCAGACGACAUCCGUUUCACCACGCUCUGAGUUCAUAGGUAAUGUUCCGCGAGAGCCCUGGAUCGAAGAGACAGAAAGGAUGACCGAAGGAACCGAGGACCCCAAUGUCAUGCUAGCGGUGCCUCCCGGAUCCGUCCCCUCUAACGUUUCAAACGAGGAUGCUGAGCAUGCAACUGACCAGAAGCUGGAGGAGCCGGGGGCCGGUGCUGAGGAGAGCGAAGUUGGUUCGGAGGGGGAAGCCGAGGGGGGGGCCGGCGGUGAUGGAGAAGAGGAGGAGGGCGACAGAGAAUGGACAAUGGGAAUUUGCAGUUUGUCAAGUACCUGCUGCGUGUGCAUCGAGAUGGAGCAGAUUCACAGUUGCCUGCGUUCUGAGAAAAUCUGCAUCCUACCCAUCCUAGCUUGCCUCCUUAGCUUAGCCCUGUGCACCGCCGGACUAAAGUGGGUGUUUGUAGACAAGAUCUUUGAGUACGAGCCCCCAACCCAUUCAGACCCAAAGCGCAUCGAGCAGGGCCCUAUCAUCAUAUCAGCUGACCCCACACUCGGACUUCCUGUGUCAUUUCCACAUCUGCUCUCCUCUGCUCCCCCUUUGGCCAACACUAUCAGAACAACCACGGCGGGCCAGGAAUUCCCCGUCAGAGCGAAACCUUCUGGAUCUUUGGUAUCGACUAAAGUUCUGCAGGGGAACUCGUCCACCGCUCUGACGUACCGCGCAGACGAGCCCACAGCGUCGAAGGCCCCCAAACCCGACAAGCAGAUCCCCGUCAAAAACAACGCUGUGGAGUUUAACGAAAUAAUCAUCUCUACAAGUGCUUCCGUGAGCACCACUCCAGCAGCUAAGACGUCGAGUCAUGUCAUGCGCUGCAGUGACAGCCAGAAGAACUAUUGUGUGAAUGGAGGAGAGUGCUUCACCCUGGAAGUCAUACCAGGCAGCACCAAGUUUCUCUGCAGGUGCCCGAAUGAAUUCACUGGUGACCGCUGUCAGAACUACGUUAUGGCAAGCUUUUACAAAGCCGAGGAGCUGUAUCAGAAACGUGUAAUAACAAUAUCAGGAAUCUGCAUUGCACUUCUCGUGGUUGGAAUCAUGUGUGUGGUUGCCUACUGCAAAACAAAAAAGCAAAGGAAAAAGUUCCAUGACCGUCUGAGACAGAGUCUUCAAAAGGAGAGAAACAACAUGGCGGCCAACCGACCAGAGGUUUCUAACCAUCCCCUCCAAAAUGUUCAGCCGAUGACUCAACCCACGUCUAAUAUUGCAAACAGUGCACAGCAUGUAACAGAGAAGGAGACAGAAAUGCUGUUCUCAAGCCAAUUUGCAUCAUCAGCAGUCACCUUGAGCAAAAGUUUGAGUUUGUUGAGCUUGAGCUGGAGUGAGAAUGUUCUCUCUGAGAAUCCAUUGGUCUUGGAAGUGCCGUCCUCAGCGAAGAAGCACCGGGGGCGGCUGAAUGCCUUGGGCCAUGUGAAAGACCUCAGUGCCUACAUGGAAAAAUCCCAGGACACCUCCAACAUCUACCAUGACUUACAACAUAGCAAGAGCCGUAACCACAGAAUCGCCUCCUUCUGACCAGUGGAUGCCCAGUCCAAACACCUCAACAUCUCAGUCUGGCUCCGCCCAAUCGACAAGAAAGAGAGAACACUUUUGACACUCUACUUUGCAAACAAGUACUCAUUCACUGAACCCCUAACAAAGACAGAAAAAUGACACAUGACAUGACCAUGUGUGCAUGGUGGCUAUUCAAAGUGGCCCACACCCCCUCUGGUCCUGCUUAUAGAACUUGUGGUCAUGCAAAUCAGCAAGAGUAGAAUGAUGGCUUAGCCCAAUAGUAAUGGCCUGUGUUACAGUAGAAGCAAUAUGGAGUCCCAACAUUAACCAACGUUUUACAGAGAAACAGCUCAAAGAUGAUCAGCGUGGAGCAGCCUCUUGCAGAUGUCCCCUUUUGUGAUGACAGAGAACCUCGUUCUUGAGGUGUGGACAUGCCUGUCAUUACGAAAGGAGCGCUUGACCGGCAGGGCAGAGUUGUUGAACACAUUACAGUGGAUACAAAAAAAAGGAAUAUCACUUGCUUUUAAAUGAAAUAAACAAUGCAGAGUUAAUGUUAAAAAGCCCUUAUUUUCUAUAGAAUAUUUGAGGUGUACUGAUUAAAAGGAUAAUAUAAAAGUAUUUUAGUGACGCAGUCAAUAAAGUCUUUUCUAAGUAAAAAAACAAAACAAAAAAAAGUUAAUUUAUUCAAUGGAGGGAAAGUGCCAUACAUUAGUAUGCAAUGUUGAAUGGGAUUUAGGUGAAACAACUAACAGAAACAAUGGUGCCUUCUAUUUCAUGUGCUUCAAGAAUCUGCAGCAAAGUGCACGAGGCCAUUUAUUGUUUUAAUCUAUUUUCUGUUGACUUUUGUCUGAGCUGGAUGAGAAAAUGUAAUUACAAAGCUUUUCAUUUUAGUUUUAAUGUUCAUGUCCUACAGUUAACCACAGGCAUUACAGCAUCAAUUUCAUCCUGAUUGGAAAUCGGAAAAAUAAGUGUGCUUGUGCUUUGUGUACCUGUAACAAAAGGUACUAAUGGCAUACAAUGUUGAUCGUAUUACCUGUCCUAUAGAGUGUGGGACAGUCGAGCAGGUUCAUGGUUUCAUUUUACAAACCCAUUAAGACAAAAUUCAACUUGAAACAAAAUACAGAGUGCAUUUUUCCUUUACAAUCAGCUAUUUUUGUGGUGAUCAGGAUAUUAUGGUAAAGGGCGGCAGAAGGUUAACUUAUACUAGGACUACUUAAAGACGCUGCAGGUAAGAUUUAAGUGGAAGAAAUUCCAUAGCCAUCCAUCAGCUAAUGUAGAGUGAAAUGCGCUGUGAGAAUAUCUGUUUUGGGUUGACCGUGCCCGCCAUGAGCCUAUACAAUUUAAGACCGCCUCCGGCUCAUCGCUGACCAAUCAGGGCAUCUCUUUUUGUCUUUGAUUGUUUUGAGGUAUUAAUGUUGCCUGUCAAUAACAGUAGCAUGAAUGCAAAACUUGUCAAUGGCGGGUAUACCUAGGGAAGGAGCAGAUGUUUUUGCAGUGGUUCAAAAUCUUGCUCUCUUCUGAACUCUCCAAUCUUACCCACAGCAGCUUUAAGUUCCAAGAUUUUAUUAAUCCCAGUAAACGGUGACGUGAUCACUUUUUGUUUGCAAUAGCUUAAAGAAGGUGAUGAGUAGACAUGUUUGAUGUAAAUAUCUAAAAAAAAAGAAUAAUGCAAGUUUGUAUACAUACGUUGUUGGAUAAGUGAUUAAAGUGACUGGGAAAAUGAGCUGAGGAGGGAAAAUACAAUAAUUUUAUGUUGUCUUUAACAGGGAUAUGCGGGUGAAAAUAAGUACAUGCCUGUGCAGGAAACUUAAAAGACUAAUAUGUGCCAUUCAUUCCAUGACUUUAACCAGAUUGAUCAAAUAUAUUGGUCCAUGACUUGGUCGCAACUCACAUAUUCACAUUCUAAUCCAUGUUUUAAUAAUAGCGAGGUAACUUAUGUUUGGUUACAGAAAAGCAUAUCAUUAUCCCCGACGCUUCUGGUCCCAUGUGUUCAGUGUAUCGUUUUCAACUAUUAACAACAGAGCUUCAGAACAGUUGUCCAAGUACAUUGAGACACAUAUUUAAUUUAUUCACCAGUGUACAAUAACUAUAUUUCAAUUUCCGGUUGAAAGAUACAUCUACUAAAUUAUGCAUAAUUUGGUGUGUAUAUAUGUACUUUUUUUGUAUUAACUGAGCUGUAUCCAAAGGAAAAUACACAGUACACUCCCCAUCCUCAGCACACGCUAAUACAAAACACGCUGGUAUACAGCCCCAAACAUUAUGGACAACAAUGGAAAUAAAAGUGAAAGUUUCAUUGUU